AGAGAUGCUGAGCUGGAGCAGCUUUCACACACACAGGAUCACAUCCAGUUCCUGCAGAGUUUCCAGUCUCUCUCAGCUCCUCCUGAAUCUACAGAUGUAAAUUAUGAUUCCUUUAGUUCUCUCUUUUUUGAUGGCCUGAGAGAAUCUCUCCAUCAGCUGAUAGACAAACUAGAUGAUUUCUGCAAAAACGAGCUCAAGAAGAUCUCAGACAGAGUUGCUACUACAGAUCCAUCUGUGUACUACAGCCAGUCUUCAGCAUAUUUUACACAUCCUCUACAUACUGCAAUGGAAGUUACACCAACAAAGGGCCCUGUAAAAGGGAUUAAUCGUCAACCUCCACAUCAGCUUAUGUAUGCAUGUCAACAAUCAACACACACCCCACCUCUCCAAUCACCAGAAGUCUUAUUUGGCACUCAAUUAGGUGCUCAGUUUACAAAGAAAGAGGUUCAGUGGUACUGUGACUCCUGCCUAGCAUUGAAUGAAGCCUCAGCAACUGAAUGUGUUUAUUGCAAAGCCCCCUGCAGCACUGAAAAAAGUAAUGCAGCAUCACAAAGUGGGUUAGGUGCCCUGUUUGGUAAAAAAGAUGGACAGUGGGAUUGUGACGAUUGCCUGGUAAGAAACGAAGGUUCAUCUAACCAUUGUGUUUCAUGUCAGAAAGCAAACCCACAUUUUAAAAACAAGACCUUUGCUGUACCAUCAGGAUCCUCUUUUACAUUUAGUUUUGGAAAUUCUAGCAGCCAACCUGAUGCAACAGGAUUUAAAGCCAAUUUCAGUCCAGUCCCUGCUUUUCAGUUCAGUACAUGUAAGGAUAAAGCAGAAAGCUUCAAGUCCUCUGCAACCAAGGCUAAAAGGUCAUCAAGCAGUUUUUCAUUUUCCAUGCCAGCGCCUGUUGGCGAAUUUAAGUUUGGCAUUGGAAGCCAGUCAUCAGUUGGGACUCCUGUCAGCAAAACAACAAUAGAUGAUAGUUUCACAUGGCCAGAUAAUGGAACUCCAGUCUUUGGGGGAACAGCGACACAAAAUGAAGGAGAAAAAACAUGCACUGAAUCAGAAGAGGAGGGCAGUGAUCAUGAGGUUCACUUUGAGCCGAUCGUCUCUCUGCCUGUGGUGGAGGUGAGGUCCAGUCAGGAGGACGAGAAGAUCCUGUUCAAAGAAAGAGCCAAACUGUUUCGCUGGGAACACCAGCUCAACCAGUGGAUGGAGCGCGGUGUGGGAGACAUCAAUAUCCUCUUCCACCCCGUGAAGAAAAGCUACCGCCUGCUGAUGAGGUGUGAGCAGAUGCUCGAAGUCUGCGCCAACCACAUCAUCAGCCCCAGCAUCGAGCUAAAGCCCAUGAACACCUCGGCUAAUGCGCUGGUGUGGAAAGCAAACAAUUACUCAGAGGGGGACAGUAAAGUUGAGCAGCUGGCAGCCAGGUUCAAGACUCCAGAGCUGGCCGAGUCCUUCAGACGAGCGUUCACCGACUGCCAGAGCCAUAUGCCUCAGACUGACGCCACUCAGAUAUCUGCCGCCGAGGCACUUUCUCGAGACUCCAACCCUGUGGUGUUCCUCGACAUCACCAUAGAUGAAGAGCAUGCUGGGAGAGUCGUCAUAGAGCUCUUCGCUCACAUCGUGCCCAGAACUGCAGAGAACUUCCGGGUUCUUUGUACGGGAGAGAAGGGCUUUGGUUACCGCCAGUCCACCUUCCACAGGAUCAUCCCGGACUUUAUGUGUCAGGGUGGUGAUAUCACCAACAAGAAUGGGACGGGAGGAAAAUCCAUCUAUGGAGAGAGGUUUGAGGAUGAGAGCUUCGAGGUGAGGCAUACAGGGCCGGGGCUGCUGUCUAUGGUCAACCGCGGCAGAGACACCAACAGCUCUCAGUUCUUCAUCAUCCUCAAGAAAUCAGAGCACUUGGACUUCAAGCAUGUGGCCUUCGGAUUUGUCAAAGAUGGCAUGGAUGUGGUGAGGAGAAUCGCAGAGCUGGGCACUAAAGAUGGGAAACCCACAAAAACCAUCACCAUCUCAGACUGUGGACAGAUUAUUUGAGUUGUACUACAUAAACUACUGUUCAUCAUGUUUGAGACUGUUACCUGAGCUCUUGUUAAAUCACGGGUCCAUUCUUCGUACAUCACUUAAUACAUCUGAGAUGAACAGAUCUAUUAAUCCUGAUAACUGAUCUCUGGCUAAUUUGGUUCUUCAAACUAGUUAGCGGAGUUGAUUAAAUAUCUGGAUUAAAUUGUCUGAGAUUGUUCCAUGAUCAGUAAUGCAAUGAUUGACUGGCGUAAAGGCAGCAAUGUAAUGACAUCAUACAAUAAAGAUAAAGGAAACAGCCCAGCCAGUAAAACGACAGAAUUUCUAAUACAUAAAUAGAUUAUGUUCUAAGCGAUUCAUUAUUAUUUUGAACAUAAUUAGAAGUUUUCUAGCAUUUGUACAGGCUUUGCAUUUCCCAGUGUCAAGAGCAUUGUAAUGAAUUCAUUUAAUUUUGAAGCAGAUUCGUUACAUAAGGCUAUAUUAAGACAUAACUUACUUUUUAGUUAAUGAUGUAUCAUAAAAGCUUUUUAAAAUUCAAGAAGCGAGUAUGCAUCUCCUGCAUUAAAGCUCACCAUUCAAAUGAAUACAUGGCUCAGACAAACUGCACAUAAAUGUGUGCAUGACUGUAAUAAAAUUGUAAGAUAAUUAUUUCUUUACAAAUAAAUCUCUCAAUAAGUAAAACUGGUUUAAUUAUUUUCAGAAUAAUUGUAACAGACAGACUUUUAGUGUCGUCUCCACUUAAAAUGAGACAAUCGAAUUCUGUUUAUGUGAAAUAAGCCGCUCACGACCAGGUUUGAGUUCAUGGACCCAUUCCAAUGACAACUCUGGGAUCAAUUCCAAAGAACUGAACAAUCUUGAAUCAUGUCAAACAGCCAACAAUAAAAUCCAGCUAAGUGAGUAAUCCAUGUAUGAAGAAUGGACCCCUGAAGUUGUGUAUGCAGUGGUUUUAAUGUUUGUAUGUUUAAUGCUUCUGGAUCAAUUAAAAGCAAAGCUGCUUUAUUUUACCUUUUAGUUUAGACAAAUGUUUCAAAAAAACUGGUAACAAGCAUAUAAAUUACCUUUAACUAGCCAGCAGCAAGAUCAGGGCUAAUAUAUUCAUUUGUGUUCAGUAAAUGCGCCCUUUAUUAGCUAGUUUCAUCUACAUUUUGAUUUUUACUUCAAAGAUUUGACCUACAUGAAACGGAUAAAACUGUUGCAUUUUCUAA